AUUAAUAUUAUCUAAAAUUUCAGUGUCAAAUACUAGAUGAAAAGCUACGUGACUCGCAUUUAUUCAUGGAGUUUGAACGCAUACCGAAGCGACGAGAUCAUGCUUUAUACGAAUGCGCCCUACUGGAGGAGAACGAGCCAAAGAACCACGACCCUAACUUUUUACCGUAUGACGACAAUAGAGUGCGAUUAACGCCAUCAAUGGACAAUCGCCAUGGUUAUGUUAAUGCCUCCUAUAUAUCUGCUACUGUUGGCACAAAGCAACGCUUUUACAUUGUAGCUCAAUCCCCGCAUGAGGCGCUAAACAUGCGCAUAUUCUGGCAAUGUGUCUGGGAGGCAGAUGUGUAUUUGGUGGUUCAGCUAACCGAGGAUAUGAGCUAUAUUCCACUUAACAGUCUUCAGCGUCUAGAGUUUGGCCAGUUUCAAGUAUAUCAGGAAUUCUCACAAACCACUGAUCGUUGCACCACUAUCAAGUUGCGUCUUUACCACAUACCGUCGCGUCGGUACCGUUCCGUCUGGUAUUUGCAGUAUGCGGACUGGGCGGAGCAAAACUGUCCGCGUGACGUUAACCACUUUCUCGAUUUUCUCGAAGAGCUGAACUCUGUAAGACUGGCAUCCACGCAAGAAGUUCCGCCGGGGCACAACACAAACCCACCGGUUCUAUUACAUUGCCUGGAGGGAGGUGGUCGUUCUGGAGUGACCCUGACUGCAGAUCUUUUGCUAUACACUCUGGAUCAUAACGAGGAUCUAGAUAUACCUCGUGUGAUUGGCCAGCUAAGGCAUCAACGGGACAGCAUUAUACCAUCUCUCGCACAAUACAAAUUUAUUUACAAUCUGUUAAUUACCUAUUUGAAGCGCACGAGGCUAAUCUAGGAUGGAGUCUAAAGAAUUUGUCUAUAAGUAUUGUAUUAUCAUAAUAUCGUAUUGUACAUUUUUGUAGACAUCAUUUUUUAAAAUGUGUAUAAUAUCGUUUAAAAUGUUUUAUCUCGAUUGGCAGCUGUUGUUCUCGAAACUGUUACAUUAAACCCUAAACCCUAAAAACUAAACCCUUUACAACGAGACAUACAUAAAAUUACGAAUUGUUGUUGUUGUUUUGUUUAGUCGAUAAAACCGCCACUAAACUAACAAUAGCCACAAAAAUUGUCCUUAGGUUUAGAGACAAACUAUUUUACCCUCAGAUUUGUCAGAUUUAUUAAAUGCGUUAAAACAUUUAAGAAAAAUUUUUAAAUUCAAAAA